AAAGUUUACGCACUUCCCGGAAGUGCAGAGGGGACACAGGCCCCAUCGAUUCAACACAACUGCAUACUUAAGCAUUUACUAAUGAUAAAGCUCUGUUUGUAUGUCAUUUUCAUGGAGUACGACCGCUAACAUCUAUGGAGUGUCAAGAGGAAAGGCCGAUCAUCUACACUAUGGAAAACAAGCCGAUUGUGACAUGUGCUGGAGACCAGAGCUUGUUUACGUCUCUCUAUACCUCAUUGGCCCAACAACUUCCCAGGGAGCCAAUGGAGUGGAGGAGGACAUACGGCCGUGCACCAAAAAUGAUCCACCUUGAAGCUAAUUUUGUCCAGUUUAAAGAGGAGCUGCUCCCCAAGGAGGGCAACAAGGCUCUCCUUACCUUCCCCUUCCUCCACAUCUACUGGACUGACUGCUGUGAUACAGAAGUAUAUAAAACCUCAGUGAAGGAGGACAUGAUGAGAUGGCAGAACAGCUUGCGCGUUCAUGGUUCAGCAGACUGGGUCAUCAUCGUCGUGGAGACCAACGAUAAUAAGAAGAAGAACAAGACCAAUAUCCUUCCACGGUCAUCCAUCGUAGACAAGAUCCGCAGCGAUUUUUGCAACAAGCAGAACGACAGGUGUGUCGUCCUGUCGGAUCCUCUGAAGGACUCGUCACGGUCGCAGGAAUCCUGGAACUCCUUGCUGCUCAAGCUGCGAACCCUCCUCCUCAUGUCCUUCACCAAAAACCUGGGCCGCUUUGAAGAUGACAUGCGUACGCUCAGAGAGAAACGUACCCAACCUGGCUGGAGCUUCUGUGAAUACUUCAUGGUCCAGGAAGAGCUGGCCUUUGUUUUUGAGAUGCUGCAGCAGUUUGAAGAUGCCUUGGUCCAGUAUGAUGAACUGGAUGCUCUUUUUACCCAGUAUGUCCUUAACUUUGGAGCUGGAGAUACAGCCAACUGGCUCGGCUCAUUCUGCGCCCCAGUGCGUAGCUGGAGCGGCCUGCUGCUUCGACGGCCCAUUGACAUGGAGAAGAGGGAUGGGAUCCAGCGUGGUGAAGCCAGCCUGUUAGAUCUGAGGAGUUACCUGUUCUCCCGCCAGUGCACCUUACUCAUCUUCCUCCAGAGGCCCUGGGAGGUCACCCAGAGAGCCUUGGAGUUGCUGCACAACUGUGUUCAGGAGCUACGCCUGCUAGAGGUGUCUGUGCUAGAGGGAGCCCUUGACUGCUGGGUGUUUCUCAGCUGCUUGGAGGUUCUACACAGGAUCGAGGGCUGUUGUGAUCAAGUCCAGUUGGCUGCAAACUGCUCCCAUACAGUUGGACUGUGGGCUUAUGCAACCGACAAGCUGAAGUCCCUGGGGGAACUCUGUGGCCUGGUGUCAGAGAAGGGACCCACAUCUGAGGAUCUGAACAGGACUGUGGAUCUGCUGGCCGGAUUGGGAGAUGAGAGGCCUGAGACUGUCAACAGUUUGCAGAGCCCUUACAAAAAGCUGAAAGAAGCUUUGUCAUCUGUGGAAGCUUUUGAAAGGCACUAUCUUGAGCUCUCUCAUGCUGCUUUGGAGAUGUACAGGGCCAUCGGCCGGCUGAGGUCCGCCAGACUGGUGGGAAAAAGUCUUGCUGAGUUCUACAUGAGGAAGGGAGACCCUGAGCGGGCAGAAAGCUUCUUACAGGAAGCUCUGAAGUCAUACUUGUCAGAAGGUUGGAGCCUCCCCGUCACUCACACCAGGAAAAAAAUCUCUGAGUGUCAGAAACUGCUGGGCAGAACUGAUGACUACCUGCAGACCAGUGCCUUGUUAGCCGGUGAUGUCAACCUGACCACAGAAGAGAGGAAGCACUUUUGUCAAGAAAUUCUGACAUUUGCUGGCAAGUCUGGAGACCAGUCGCACAAAGUGACUCUCAGCAUGGGUGUUUUUACUCAGCUCACACGGCUACAGUUCCAUCCAGCCACAGCCUCAGUGCACUCUGGAGCCGUCCUGCAGGUGGAGCUCACUCUGCGAUGUUUGAUGCCCGUGCCAGUGCGUGUACAGCAACUAGUUGUUAGCAUUCACUUUGACCUGGACCGCGGAGGGACUAAUGGAAGGUCGAAGGGAGCUCAGAGGCAAACAAACCCAGGGACAGUAGAGUUUCACCAUGGCAGCUUGUCAGCAGGGCCCCCCUCCUCAGCUGCUGGUCCCUCUUUAGAACUAGAUGAGAUUCAGGACAGGAGUCCUUCGGACAAUUCUCUCAACUCCACGGGAGUGGUGUGUAAAAACACUCAUCUGGUUAUGCGUCGUCAUGACAGCAACUCGCCGCCGGACACGCCCAAUUGUGUCAGCCCUCCUGCGGUUACCAUCAAGGAAGGCGCACAGAUGCUCAAAGUGCAGGAUGUAACAUUGGAGCCCGGGAAUAACAGCAUCAUAUUGACAGCACCAAGUGGACAGCCAGGUACUUACACACUGCGUCAGCUGUUUGCCACAGUGGGUCAGGUGCAGUUUGUGCUCCCUCAUAUCUACCCAUCAGUCCAGUAUGAAGUCUAUUCUCAGGAGCCCCAACUCACCGUGGAACCUCUCUCAGAGCCCCUGCUGGCCGGUCUGCCUCAGAUGGUGAAGUUUACUCUGUUGACGGGUCACUACACUGUGAAGAAAGGAGACGCUCUGCAGCUCAGCAACACAGACACCAUGCCCAUCCUGCCCUCCACCAGCUGCACCGCCCGCAUCAGCAACCCUACUGCUGAGUUGGUGGGUGAAAGCAUCCUGUCCAUUCAGUCGUCUGAGAAGGUGACCAGCAUCAGCCUGCCCCCCACCCCUCCUUAUCACACUCUGGAGUUCCAGCUGGAGGUUCUGUGUGUCAUCCCGUCUGGUACCGACCGGGCCGCCAAUGAGAGGCUGACCAAUGGGGAGGUGCGACAUCGACCACGCAGCUACAGUCACCCUGACACACCCAUGACCGCCAUCGACCAGAGGAUGUCCAUCGACUGUCCGUGGUCUAUCUACUCUACGCUGCUUGCUCUCACCUUCUACAUCCCCUUCAAGACCAAACACUCACUCCUUUCUGCUGGUAACAGGAAGUACAUCCAGGUGUGCGUGCAGAAUGUGUCAGAUGUGAACUUCACGCUGGCAGAAGUAAAGCUGACAGAGAAGCAGCAUGCAUCACUAGAGCUGCAGUCCCUCAACACUAAAAAACAACAGCUUUUGUGCAGUAAGCACACAGUCUUCUGCUUGUGGGAGGUGAGGUGGAAGGACGACUUGCCCUCCUGUCUCCAGUGUGUUUUCUCUGCAGACUUCUCUCCGCUCAACCAAGACAUUUCUUCCUUCAAACCCUUUCACUACCAGUUCCAGCUUGAGAGAGUCACUACGUUGUACAGCGUGCGAGCUGAGAUCUUGCCUCCUGCUGGUGAGCAACACUGUCGCUCUGGUUUACUCUGUGGGCUGGAGAUGUGUAUAACACGACUGACUGAACCUGCUGAGGGGGAGAUGGCAGAGGACAGCAAGACUGACACUGAUGGUCUCAAAACCACCAAACUCAUGUAUGAAGUGGCUGACAGCAACAGUAACUGGGCUGUGUGUGGGAAGAGUUCAGGGCUGGUGUCGAUGCCUUUGGCGGCCAGGGCCACCCACAAGGUGCAGAUCGAGGUGAUGCCUCUCUUUGCAGGACACCUGCCCUUCCCCAAGAUCAAAGUGCUCAAGUACCUGCCUCACACUGCAGCAGUGGCCAUCCAACCGGACCCUGACAGCUGCGUGGAGAACGACAGUCUGUCCCUGCUGGACAAGACGCUGGAUGACCAGGCGGACACGGCGAGCAUCCGCAGCCGGGGCAGUGUGCACUCUGUGGGCAGCGGCGACCAACAGCAGAAGGGCGUGGCAAUGCCGCGCCUGGAGCCCUUCAGCCCCGGACAGGUGUUCAACCACAGCCACACGCGGCAGGUCCUGGUGCUGCCCGCCACCGACGACCACAUCAUGGAGGUCAAUGCUACAUGACCCUGGUGGGGAAACCACCCGCCAUGUUCUUACAGAACUGAACCCAGUCCCUGGACAGACUCUGCUGAGCCUUUGCUUUGGGGCAAAUCGGGUCCAUGAGUCCAUGUCAAAGACAGCUGCAGGUUUACCGGUAUGGACUCACCCCCUAAGCAUGAAACGUUCACAUCACUGGAGACAUUAUGGACUAGACACAGUGACGAGCAAUGACAUCUGCUGAUAAGAUUUAAAUAAAGAUUUUUCUUUGCCA